UCCCGCGAGUCUGCUGCAUAUGGGGACUUGAAGGAAGCUCAAGUUGAUGGCCAGCUUGUCCCGAAUUACCAUGGCUCUUGGACCUUCGAUCUGGCACUGCUUGAUUCCGAAACCCGACCAGUGCGUAUGAUCCUAAUAGGAUGGAUCCAGGGCGUCGAUAUGUACUCUCUUGUCCAGAAAGAACAAGUCACCAGUUUCCCCCCUCAGCAGCGCCUAGAUAUUCUUGCCAGAGCCAUGGAGAUUGAAACUAAACUUGCAUUCUAUGGGGUACACCACCGGGACUUCUCACCAAGAAACAUCAUGCUCGUUGGGCCAUUCGAGACACAGGUGCCUCGAGUCUUUUUGAUCGACCUGAACCACUCUGUUGUCACCAGUCGACCGAACUCGAAGUAUCCAAAACCUACUACAACCCGGCCAGUCAGCCCUCAUCUACGUCAGUGGGGAGGAUGCGGUAACGAAUUCCUGUGUUGGGUUCCUCAGCCGCACCGUUCACGGCCGAGAGUUUUCAAAGGAUGGCUAAAGUCGACGUGGGAAAACUCGGACGAAUUU